AUGUGCAAAUUAAAGAGUAAGCUCAUAGUGAUCCUUUUUAUGUAUAGUAUUGCAACAACAGCCAUUGUAUAUCAAAACUACAUAUUUAUUGCAAAUUUAUUUAAAAAAUAUCGAGCAUUCGAAUGGCUUUGUACAAAUAAGAGUUCGGGAGGUGACUUUUUUUUAUGUAUAGAUCAGGAAAAUUAUAUUCAUUUUUUGUUAGUCACAGGAUUAAUUAUUCAAUUUAUGUCAGGUUUUAUAGGAGGUAUAUUAAUAAAUAUAUUAUCAAAAAAACGGUAUAUAUCAAAGAUUGCUUUUAUAUUUUUAAUAAUAGGAUGGAUGCUAUUAAGUAUAUCUUUAUCUUAUUCCAAAUAUUAUAUGGACAAUUAUACGAGGCUGACUAUAUUAAGUUGGGGAGGGUCACAUACCCAAAAAGCUUUUAAAAGAAUAUCUAUAUUAUUUAAUUUAGCUUUUAUAUGUUUUGGUAUUGGUUCAGACAAUUCCUAUUUGCCAAUUAUUUAUUAUAUAAAUGAAAGAUAUCCUAUCGAUGAUAAUAUGAUAAAAUCCAAAUUAGAAGCAUCAAAAAGUAAAUUAAGUGCACUAAAAAAUAUUUUAAGAAAUAAAAAUUAUAUAUUAAUUAGUGCAAUGUCAUCUUUAGCUGUUUUAAGUUUAUUUGUUGGAAAUGUUUUAAUUAUAGCACUAAAUAAAUUUGAUUCAGAAAAUAAUGUUAUACUGAUCAUAUCUAUGUAUGUAUUAAUAUGUAUAGCCCCAUCAUUUUUUAUAUCAAAUUUAUUGGAUUAUAAAAAUAAUUAUAAUCAAAAUAUGAACAAUACAAAUACUAUUAAAAACAAUGAAAGUAAUAUUAAUGAAAAUGAUAAUGAAGAUGAUGUUACUUCAAUAGUUAUAUCAAAUGAUGAUGAUAUGAAUAAUAAUGUAGUUAUUUCAUCAGAACCUUUUAUUUCACAUAAUGCUGUUAUUACACCAAAUACGGUUAUUUCACCUAAUGUAAUUACUGCAACAAAUAUUGUUAUUUCAACAGCAACAGAUGCUAUGAUUGGGACAUCUAAUUCGAGUGUCUUAAAUACAGAUAUGAUUAGUAUAUGUGCUAGUAGGAAUGGUAAAAAAAAAAGAAAGAAUCACAUGCAUAAUAGUAAUGGGAAUAGCACUAUAAUUAAUGAUGCUAAUGAGAAUGAUGCUAAUGGGAAUGGUGCUAAUGGGAAUGGUGCUAAUGGGAAUGGUGCUAAUGGGAAUGGUGCCAAUGAGAAUGAUGCUAAUGAAUCACAUAAUAGUAACUUAAAUGAGCAUUAUAAAAAAAAAAAUUACACAUCUAGAUUCACAGAUUCAAGAUAUGAAAGUUUGACAUCACCAAGUGAUGAUAUUGAAAAUACACAAGUUCUUAAUGUAAUAAAUAUGAAUAUUGAAAAUUAUAUAAGCCCCAGAAAUAAACAUUUAAAGGGAGUUUCAUAUGCAAAAUCUUUAACUCAAAAAGAGAGUGAAAAAAAUGAAGAAAAAAUAACUAAAAUUGCUAUUCAUCCUUCUGAAUCUAUUAAUAAAGAAAUAAAUAAAAAAAAUAAAUUAAAAAAUAUAAAUUUUGAGAUAUUUAAAAAACAAGUUAUAUCAUCAUGUUAUAUAUUUAUUGUAAUAGAGUUCUUUAUUUUAACAUUUAGUAAUUGUUUUUUUAUGUUUUCAUUAUUUGAUAUAUAUGAAAAUAAUGUAUUUGGAAAUACCUUAGAUAUCUAUUCAUAUAUAUUACCAUCCAGUUUUAUUAUUACAUUGAUAUUUGGUAUAGUAGCAGAUAUAAUUAGUAUUCACAAUUUUAUAAGUUUUAAUUUAAUAUUAGGAAUAAUAGUUUUUAUAUUGACCCUUAUUUAUUAUCAAACAACUAGUGUAAUUGUUGGCUAUAUGUCUCUAGUUAUAUAUUUUUUUCAUCAGAGUUUUUUUGCUAAUCAUAUGUACAUGUACAUGUCGACAAUUUUCAAAGAAGAUAAUUUUCCCAUAUUAAUUGGUAUUAUUAAUAUGUGGGCAUCUAUUGCAUUUUUCAUGUCAUAUAAAUCACAUGAGCUUAUCAAAUAUAGCAAAAUAAAAAUAUAUGGAAAAAUAACUGUGGGGAUAAUAAUAGUUUCAUAUAUUAUCAUAUUUUUAUUUCAUUUAUUACAUAUUAAGAAAAAAACACACUGGAAUGACAAAGAGAUAGAAUACAGAGAAUCACAAUGUUAUUGUUAA